AUGGUGCUGAGAUUAGUACUAGGAGAGGAAGUGGUGACAGUUGUUUGCGCAUAUGCCCCACAAGUGGGAUUAGGGGAUCAAGAGAAAAGAGAUUUUUGGGACUGCCUAGACGGAGUCGUGAGGGCCAUACCUAGGGAGGAAAGAAUUUUCAUAGGAGGCGAUUUUAAUGGCCAUAUUGGUAGGCGUAGUGAUGGUUUUAGUGAGGUUCAUGGGGGCUUUGGUCUUGGUGAUAGGGACAACCCUGGUAGGGAUCUGUUAGAGUUUGUGGUGGCCCACAACCUAGGUAUUUUGAAUUCUUUCUUUAAGAAGAAAGAAUCACAGUUGAUUACUUUUAGCAGUUGCGGACGUAACACUCAGAUUGACUAUAUUUUGAUGAGGAUAGGAGAUUGA